AGGAGCGGUGAGUCGUCAUAAACUCCGCGCAUAUUGUUCAUGUAGCCGCUUUGCUCUUUGCAGACCCCAUUCUAUUGCCUCACUCUCUCAGUCUGUAAAUUUGACGCAACAAUAUGUCCAACAACGCUUCUGAAUCAGCGCUCUCGAAAUACCGUUAUGAGGCCGUCUUUGGCGUGUGGCUGGCGGUUACUGGAGCGACCUUCCUACGCAUCGCACGCCAACCUUAUAGCUCAGGCCUGAAAAUCGAACAGUACGAGAGCAUCUUCAAGGGUACAUCUCUCAGCGCCGUGCUGGUCGGACUCGGAAUAUCCCCAGGAAAAAGGUCGGCAAGGCGCUUUCGUGGCAACUGAUGCGAGCUAAAGAGCUGGAGGACCGACUUCAGGUUGUUGCACUCUCCUGCUCCGCCUGGCACAUUGCGCGAGGUUGGGAAGGCAUCUGAUGGUAUGAGAU